CUUUAUGUGUAAUGGGCAAACCAGGUAGAAGCGCAUGAAAUAUUGAAAAACCAGAAGCGAGAAAAACCCCACUCAUCAGGAUUUUGCGAUCUAAUCUAAUAAGGGUUUCUCUUCUCAUCUGAGGCAUUGUGAUCAGAUCUUUCAGUCAAUUAAAUGGCGCCACCUCCAGGUCCAUACUCCGGCACCAGCACUCUCGCUCUGGUGGCUCGAGCGUCAGCAUUCAGUUUAGGUCUGGUGUAUGGAAGUUUGAAGCUGAAGAUUCUAAAGAUGAAGACUAAGUCGCAUAAGAAUUCUGAAGCUAAGGCACAUCAUUGAGUUGCUGACCUGCUGGUUUGGGUUGAAAUAAAAAGUUUGGGAAUUUUGAAUGGUUCCUAUCAUUUUAAAUUUUAAUCUUGGCAAAGGUGAUGCUUAAUUUAGAGGUUUAAAGUUUUCUUUUUACAUCUCAGAAUCAUCAGAACGGCAGAUUUGUGGAUUUGCUUAGAAUCUUCUUUUGUGAAUGCCUAAACGUUCAUGAAGAAACACUCGAUGGCAUUGUUUGAAUUUUUUUUCAUGCCUUUUGUGAUGAUAAACGGAUCUGGUUUCCAACUAGCUUCAGGAAGCAGUUGCCAGAUAAAUAGUAGUUGAUUGGGCAAUAGACUGGAGUUGGCCACUGUUGAAAUUUUAAAUUUGAGUUAUUUAAUGUUCAUUGUC